AUGCACGAAUGGCGCGCCUUCUCGCCUUUCCUCCGCUCUAACCUCCCGUGCCCCAAACUAGUGAUCGCACUUGCAACCUCCGCUCCUCCGCCGACGACCUCCGCUCCGCCGUCAGCGACAACCGCGAGUUGCCUCCGCUCCUCCACCAUCGACCACGACCUUCAUGGAAUCCCCGGCCACCACGACCGUGUCGCGCACCGAGCCCCACACGUCCCCGCGCGGGCCCCGCACCUGCCCGCGCUGCCACCUGGUUCCGCGGUGGGCUGCGCGACGGCCGACGCGUCCAAGACAUCGGCGACGGCGGGGCCGCCCACCCCCCGCCCCGGAUUCGCCUCUUCCCUUCGCUUCCCUCCAUCUAUAAAUAACCCGCCCCCCGCCUCCACACAAAACACCAAUCAUUUCCUCUUCACUCUCUCUUCUCUUCGCACCUUUUCUGCCUUCCAAAGCCCCCCUGAUUCCAUCGAUCGAGGUCCUCUCCUCCCCGAAGCUUCUUCUUCUCCUCGUGCUUGUGCUUGUGCUUGCUUGAUAUAUAUGGCGCAGACGAGCGUGGUCGUGUCAGAGGUGGGCAUCACGGCGACCGCGGCCACGGCCACGGCGUGCCCCUGCCCGGGGUCGCUGUUCCCGUACCCGCCGCCGCGUGCCGGGAUGGCCGUGAGCCGGAAGUGCCUGCGGGCGGCGCAGGCGGAGCUUGGCGCGGGGAUGCUCAGUGGCCUGGUCGAGUCCAUGCGGGCGUCGUCCCCCACGCACGCCAGGGCCGCUGCCGCCCUCGCUGCCGGCGUCGACGACGAGCACGCGGCCUGGAUGGCCAGGCACCCCUCCGCCCUGGCCAAGUUCGAGGAGAUCGUGGCCGCCUCCAAAGGGAAGCAGAUCGUCAUGUUCCUCGACUACGACGGCACACUGUCCCCCAUCGUCGAUGACCCCGACGCCGCCUUCAUGAGCGAGACGAUGCGGAUGGCCGUGCGCAGCGUGGCCAAGCACUUCCCGACGGCGAUCGUCAGUGGUCGGUGCCGCGACAAGGUGUUUGAGUUCGUGAAGCUGGCGGAGCUCUACUACGCCGGCAGCCACGGCAUGGACAUCAAGGGCCCGGCCAAAUCCUCUUCCGGGCACGCAAAGUCCAAGGCCAAAGGAGUUCUCUUCCAACCAGCAAGCGAGUUCCUGCCCAUGAUAGAAGAGGUGCAUCAACGCCUGAUAGAGGAGACCAAGCACGUAGCCGGCGCCAAGGUGGAGAACAACAAGUUCUGCGUCUCCGUCCACUUCAGAUGCGUCGACGAAAAGAGCUGGGGCGCGCUGGCGGAGACGGUGAAGGGGGUGAUGCGGGAGUACCCGAAGCUGCGCAUGUCGCAGGGGCGGAUGGUGUUCGAGGUGCGGCCCACCAUCAAGUGGGACAAGGGCAAGGCCCUCGAGUUCCUGCUCGAGUCGCUGGGCUUCGCCGACUGCAGCAACGUGCUGCCCGUCUACAUCGGCGACGACCGCACCGACGAGGACGCCUUCAAGGUGCUGCGGCGGAGGGGCCAGGGCGUCGGGAUCCUCGUCUCCAAGCACCCCAAGGACACCAGCGCAUCCUUCUCGCUGCAGGAGCCCGCCGAGGUCAUGGAGUUCCUCCUCCGCCUCGUCGAGUGGAAGCAGCUCUCCAGGGCGCGCCUCAGGCUGCGGCGACAGGCCCACGCCUGAUCGGACGACCACGAGGAUCGGCCGGCCGGGCUAAUUAAUUCACUACGCGUAGCUUAGUUAGUUGAUGAAUCCCCUGCUCAUCGUCAUCGUAUGAAAGCCAAAGGCUACGUGGAUGAGAAGAAGGAACCGUACCACGGCGAGCCUGUGGGGCAUUGUGGCGCCACAUGCUGUGUUCUAACCACGCCCUUCUUUUUCUGGGGAUGUAUACCUACCGAGUAACGACUAUGCAUGCAUGUAAAUUACCCUGGUACGUCCACGUACAAGGGGAGGAACCAUGGAAUAAAGAAACAGAAACCUGAGUAAAUAGCAA